AUGUAAAAUAUAUUAGACAGGUGUUCAAUACAUCAAAAAGUGGGGAUUGCUGUAGAAUGUUUGACAAGAGAUGAAUAUCAUUAUUCCAUUUUAUGUGAAAAUUGCUUAGCUGAAAGAGUUAGCAAUAAACAAAUAUUUUUAUUGAAAGACGCCAAAUUAGUGUUUGAAUAAUUCAGAUAACAGUGUUUAAGUGAAUUUGAACUAGAGUAGAAUGAGAAAACAAGUUUCUAUAAAAAUUUGCAAUCGAUUGUUUAGAAAUUGCAGAAUCAUUUUUUAGAAAUAUUUGAUUAGAUAAACAAUUAAAUAAAUGAAAAAUUAGAAUUCAUAACUCAAAUUUUUAGAGAAGGAUUAUUUUUAAGCAGAAAUUAAGAAACCUAAAUCUUAAAUCCUACCAUUAGAGAAUUUGGUGAAUAGUUAAUAGAGGAAAUAGCAAAAUUUGAGAAAAUUAGGAAUAUUGGUUAGUAAAAUGUAAUUGAUUUUCAGAAUCAAAUAUAAUAUUAGAUAUUGAAACUGCAGUAAAGUGAGAUAUUAAAUGAGUGUCUUGAAUUAUUAAUCUCUGUGGAUGAAGGGAACUAAAUUAAAGUGAAAGAGCAUAAUGGCAAAAAUGUGGAAUAUGAAAAGAAAAGUGUUUAAGUAUGAAUAUAUUAAUAUAUUGUUAAAAGAGAACUCCAAAGUUAGAUUUAAUGUGUAACGAGCACGAAAAAGAAAUAAUAAUAUUUGAUCUAAGUGAGUAGCAAUAAAGAGAGAAACGAGCAAGAUGUGUAGAAUGUGACCCAUGCAUUUUUACUUCCUUGUCAAAGUGUCAGAAUAUGUGGAAAAACUAUGAAAGGCAAUAGUCAGAAAUUUUAGAGUAAUUUUAUUUAUCGAGAAAAUCAUAAAUUGGCAGUAUUAAGCAAUAGCUGCUUUAAUUGAGGAGUUGCUUUGCCUAAAAAAUAAAUGAAAUUAUUUAAUAAUUAAAUGGAAUAAUGUCUUAGAGUGAAUAGGAAGUGUUCAAAAUGUUAAAUGGCAUGAAUAAAGAUUGGAAUACCAUGACGAUGGAUGAGGUUUUGGAUAUAGCUGAGGUAUUGAGCAACCCAGAGAUGAUGACAAUAUCAGUAAAAGAAAUGGAAAUAAAAUAUAAAAUGAAAAACUUAAAUAUAGAUAGCAUUUUCUAAAAUAGUAUUGAAGGAUUAUAAGAAAUUUAUAACCAAAUAACCUUAUUAAAAUUAUAUUUGAUUCCGGAAUAGCCUGAAGUUAGGAAUAAUGAUGAAUCACCUGAAAAAAAUGAAUAUCGGAAAUAAAGUUCUAAUAGUGGGCAGAGCGAAAAUCAUUCAGUCGAAUUAAGCAAACCAAAAUCAGAUUAAAAGAUUAAGAAAACUCAGAAUAAAAUUAAAUCGUUGGAAGAAUGGAGAAUUCAAUAACUAAAAUGGACUGAUAAAUUUAUCGAUUAUUAAUUAUUUUACACAAAAAAAUAAGCUGAAUGGUGUAAUGCUAUAGCAUUUAAUAAGGAAGGAAACAUUAUGAUAGCAGGAUGUAUAUUUUCAAUUAAAGUAUUUGAUUUUUAAAAAGGAAGGAUAGUUUAAACAUAUCAAGCUAAAUAACAUUAGGGAGACGUGAAUUGUUUAUUAUUUAGUAAAAUUUUUAAUUAAUUUAUCUCUGGAAGUGAUGACAGAACUAUUAGAAUUUGGUCCUAAAGUGAGAAGAAUGAAUGGAAAUGCAUUUAGAUUUUGUAAGGACAUGAAGAUUGGGUAUUGUGCUUAAUCUUAACUGAGGACGAAUAAAUACUCUUUUCUGGCAGUAGAGAUAAAACCAUUAAGAAAUGGACUAAAAAUUAAGAUAAUUAAACAUAUGAAUGCACAUAAACUUUAGAUAUUCAUACUGAUGCUGUGUUAAGUUUAUCAUUAAAUAAAUCUGAAUCAUUUUUGGUUUCUUCAAGCUACGAUAAAUCUAUUAUAGUUUGGGAAAUAAAAGAAUCAUUUUUAAUAGAACAAAAACAAAUAAUAUAAAAAGAAUCUUAUGGUAAUAGAAUACUUUUUAUUAAUGAAACAUAAUUUUUGUGGCAACCAAAUAACAAUCAAGUUGUCCAUGUCUAUAAAUACAAUAAGGAAUCAUCAUCUUUUGAGUCUACUUAACAUAAUAUUUAGUAAUUCAAAGCAGAUGACGAUUAUUAAUAUUUUCCUUCUCAGCUCUUAACAGUAAAAGGAUUAUUUGCAAAUAUUCACAAUAGGUUUAUAUAUAUUAUCAAAUAAAUUAAUGAGGAGGAGUUUGAAGUAGUCUAAAUAAUCGAAUUUGAUGAUUAUAGGAAAUUUGGAGCAUUUACAGAAGAUGGAGAAUAUUUAGUCACAUGGCAUUAUACAGCUUGUGAAUUUUAAAUUAGAAAAAAUGUUGGAAAUUCAAGAAUAUAGUGGUGA